AGACAAUCGUAAUGAAACAGUGGUGAAUAUUCAGCGAAUACAACUUUACUUCAAAUUUGAAACAUACUGGCGACUACUUUGCAGGAUUGUGAAAAUUUUCACACUUCCAGUGAGGCCACGACCUCAACUGUGUAAUAAACGCAUUAGAUUGGAUCCUGUGAAUAUUCCGAGAGGUUUCGAACUAUUGUUGAACUUUUAAGAAACACGAAUGCUCCUGGAAGGUAGUUCCCCCGAGAUGUUGGCCGCACAGUCCAAACUGUUAUUCCAGUUGAAUAAAUUUUACAAUGAACGAGUUGCAGCGAGAAAGAGUAACGUAAAUAAAACUAUUCGGGAGGUAUGUAAAGUUGUUCAAGAUGUUUUGAAAGAGGUGGAAGUGCAGGAACCCCGGUUUAUCAGUUCCUUGACAGAAGUAAAUCAACGAUAUGAAGGACUUGAAGUUAUCUCACCGACAGAGUUUGAAGUGGUUUUGUAUCUUAAUCAGAUGGGUGUAUUUAAUUUUGUAGAUGAUGGGACCAUCCCAGGUUGUUCGGUUUUAAAACUUAGUGACGGACGGAAAAGAUCUAUGUCUCUUUGGGUGGAAUUUAUCACUGCUUCUGGUUAUUUAUCCGCUCGGAAAAUUCGCUCAAGAUUCCAGACUUUGGUUGCACAAGCCGUAGAUAAAUGUUCCUACCGAGAUGUCGUCAAAAUGAUUCCCGACACUACAGAAGUUCGCCUAAGGAUUAAGGAACGAUUUAUUGUUCAGAUUACGCCUGCAUUCCGAUGUGGUGGUAUAUGGUGUCGAAGUGCCGCACAUUGGCCAAUUCCUCAAAUUCCAUGGCCGAACCCUAAUUUAGUUGCAGAAGUCAAAACAGAGGGAUUUGAUCUGUUAUCGAAAGAAAGUAUAUAUAUGAAGGACAAACAAUCGGCUGCUGAAGGAGAUGCAUGGGUGAUGUCAUUUAGAUAUGCAGAAGAUCGUCUUCUUUACGGUGGAUGUAGAAGAAAAUGUCUCAGUAUUUUGAAAGCUUUAAAGGACAAACAUUUCGAUGUUCCCGGACAACCUAUUCUGAAUUAUCACAUGAAGACCUUGCUUUUGUAUGAAUGUGAAAAACACCCAAGAGAGUCAGAAUGGGACGACACGUGCUUGGGGGAUAGACUAAAUGGUAUUCUAUUACAAUUAAUAUCAUGUUUACAAAACAGAAAAUGCCCGCAUUAUUUUCUACCAAGUGUGGACUUGUUCAAAGGAAAAUCUACAUCAGGAAUGGACAACGCUGCCAAACAGGCCUGGAGGAUUUUAAGAGAACUUUUAACAAAUCCCCGAAGCUUGGAGAGAUUGUGAAAAACUAAAAUAAAUGUUUUAUCGUGAUAAAUUCAGUGGUAUGUCUGGUGCGAACUAGUUAACUGUCGACAUAAUUUAUAAAUUUCAGUGUUACAUGUUUUUCUUUUAAUUCUAAUAUUCAAUUUUCUCAACCAAAAAUAAGUGUAGCCUAUAUGUAAAUAUAUCUCUUAAGAAUUGGAUGUAUUUCUCAAAAUGGUAAGUUCAAACCCGCCGAUAUUUUCGAAAUGAUCUCCUUAAAUGUUUGGAAGAACAUUUAUUUUUGAUUCACAGUAAUAUAUAUGUAUAUAUCACAGAAUUUCCAAUACCAAAGCAUUGUAUAUAUAUUAUUUUUAUGUUAAAGAAAUUAUUCGAUUAUCUUGGAGAUUGAGCUAUAUGUUAUGUAUUUAUUAGCUAUAAAUUAAAAAAUAAUUUAAAAAUC